UCGUUUCGGAGCAGAACGGGUUAAAGACCGACUCUGUCUGUGCAGUCCUCCUUCCCUCCCUCUCUCCCUCCAUCAGCCUCUUCCCUCGGUUCACUUUACUAGCCUUUAACAAGAGGGGGGCUCUGUUGCCCGGGACUUUUUUCGGGAUAUGUACCCGUAACUCCUAACCGGAUAAGGCCUCCUCCACAAAGCGAAAACAACACAAACACACAGGCAAAACUUUGAGGCGCUUGACUGAGUUGAACGUGUUAUGUUUUUGAACCAGAUUUCAGAAACUAGCAACACUGGAAAUAUGCGGAGAUGUCGAGGGGAGGACAACUACCGAUAGGAUCCCACAGUUGGGACUUUUAUGUCAAGCAAUGAGAGCCUUCAUUAACCCCCCUGAUGGGUUGGAUAUUCAGACCUGAGAAAGGCUUGCAGAUACAGAUUCAUGAGGUUAACAAAUCUGUAGCACGAGAUUUCUGAACAUUUCGUCUUUGUGGCGAAACAUCACACUCAUUAUAAACAAAAGUGCAUCCAUCGGCAUCACCCCACACCCAAAGUCAUCAUGGCGACCUCUUCGUUACGGCGCCAGAUGAAGAACCUUGUGAACAACUACACGGACGCAGAGAUUAAGGUCAGGGAGGCGACGUCCAAUGAUCCGUGGGGUCCUCCAACCUCGCUCUUGAUGGAAAUCGCUGACAUGACGUUCAACGUGGUGGCGCUCACCGAGGUCAUGGGCAUUAUCUGGAAGAGACUCAAUGACCAUGGCAAGAACUGGCGGCACGUGUACAAGGCCCUCACUCUGUUGGACUAUCUGAUCAAGUCCGGAUCGGAUCGAGUGGCCCAGCAGUGCAAGGAAAACAUCUACGCCAUCCAGACUUUGCGGGAUUUCCAGUACAUUGACCGGGAUGGGCAGGACCAGGGAAUGAGCGUCCGGGAAAAGUCCAAGCAGCUGGUGGCUCUGCUCAAGGACGACGAGAAGCUGAAGCAGGAGCGAUCACAGUCACUCAAGACCCGUGAGCGAGUGACGGGAAACAGCGGUGCCAUUGGUUAUGGAUCUUUACCGCCCCCCUACCCAGGACGUCAACCCAGCAUAGAUGCAGUGUAUGUUGAGGAGCACAGCAGGCCGAGGGGCUCACCUUCCUCCUUCAACUCCUCCUCUUCCUCGCCUCAUUUGGCCCCAGAUUUGGAGCGGGCCCGGCCGCAGACGAGCGGGGAGGAGGAACUUCAGCUGCAGCUGGCUUUGGCCAUGAGCCGAGAAGAGAGCGAGAAGCCCGCUCCUGUUGUGGAUAUGGAUGAACAGACACAGCUUCAGCUCGCAAUGAGUCUCAGUAAGGAGGCGCACAAGCCAGUUCCUCUUCCUCCUCCUCCUCCUCCUGUUGCUGCUGCUGCUGCUUUGGACAUGGAUGAAGAGGCUCAACUUCAGCUGGCUCUGAGUCUCAGUAAAGAGGAACAUCAGCAGGAGCAGCGAAGUCGCCAGGGAGACGAGUCGUUGCUCCAGAAAGCACUCGAGGAGAGCAAACGAGAAAUGGAGGCCAAAGGAGGAUCUGCCAUGUUGGAUCUUGCAGAUAUUUUUGCUCCAGCUCCUGAUGUGCCCUCUGCUGCCAAACUUUGGGAUUCAUCCGGAGGCCAUAGCGGUUUAGCCCAGGCUGGUCCUCUGAGGUCCGACCCCUGGGAUAGUCUGGAGCCCAGUGGUCUAGUAGCCCGUGGCCAUGGAAGCUCAUGGAUGGCACCGCCUGCAUUAAGUGUUCGUUCCCAGCCUUGGCCACAGACACAUCCUGACCCAUGGGACGCCCCCCAGAACUCCUCAAGCCCUGUGUCCAUCAAUCAGACCUGGAUCUCCCCGGCACAUGGAACUGGAGUGGAUCCCUUUUCUCCCUCAGUUUCUGACAAACACGGAUCUAUUGGGCCUCUCAAAACUCCAUCGCCUCGUGCAGGAAGUCCCUCAGAUGACGACCUCUUUGAUGAGGCUAUGGAUGGAGGUCAGGCAAAUAUAAAUGGCCACGGUAGUCUUGAGACUUUCGAUAUGUCUUCCUUUGGCGAAGGACUACCAAAACCAGCUCAAACCGGAAGUACUCCAGAGGCCUUUCUGGGUCCCACCGGAGCUUCACUCGUCAACUUGGAUUCACUGAUCCCCUCCAACCCUCCUUCCAAGAACUUCAACCCAUUUUUAUCAGGGCCGAGCGCUCCAUCGACAUCUAAUCCAUUUCAGCACGAACCACAGCCCCGCCUCACACUUAAUCAGAUGCGUCCCAGCUCCACAUCUCCUGUACCCACGUCCCUCCCAUUUAAUGCCUCUCUGCCCAUGGCUGCUAGCAACCAGCCCAGCUCCCUUCCCAGUACCUUCACACAGUCUGCGCAGGUCCCGCCGCUGAUCCCUGGACACCUGCCUGAACCGCUGCUACCCCUGUCAACCACAUCCACGCUUGGAGAUCCAGAACAACACAAUCAGAACCCGUUCCUAUGAAAGACAGUGUGAGCAGAUCCAAACAAGCUUUUGAAAUGACAAUUUAACCACCGACUUGACUUAAAACUGGAACACACUUUUUGUAAUGUCUUUGCUUGUUUCACAGCUUCCUGGUUUUGCUCUAUGCAGUCGCUCUUAAGAGGCGUUCACACAUACAGUGG